AUGUUCCGAACCCUCAAUGCUUUAAUGUUUUUAUUGUUUUGCUGAGGUUGUUUGUUGGUGUUGAGGUGUUUUCACGCUCAUACGUUGAUUUGUUUUAAACAUACAUAUAUUAUUUUCCUGUCGGUCGGGGAAAAUAAGGAAGGGGCUGAGGAAAGGAGACAAGGAGGCCAGCAGACAGUGUUGGGCCGCGGCAUGCGUAUUCCUUCGACUCCGUUCACCUCCAUUCACACAGUAAAUAAAAGCAUGGAGGCUCCGACUCUCGGGAUCUAACACCGAGCAGCGGGGGGUAAAGACACCGCCGCAUGCGCUCUUCCUCUCGCCAAAACACACAGGACGGAAGCGGGACAGCGGUGAACGCUUCACCCGUUGGAUUAUUCCUCAUUUUUCCGCGGAAGGGAGGAUUACAGCGGGGGAAAGGAGCGGGGCAGCUCGCCGCGCCGAGCAUGAAGCGGACGGCUGGAGUGGCCAGGCACAAUGGCCUCGUCUCUCCGCUGGGGAACAACAACUCCGGAGCUUCGAGCAUCGUCUCACCGCAGCAGCCCAGAGCCACCAGCAUCCCCGCCUGUGCGGACAGCGGCGGCGGCGGCGGUUGCGGAGGUGCCGUGGACGGCCUGCUGGAUUUCUCCAAAGGCCCCAGCGUCAAAAUCGAACUGGUGUGCAAAUGGAUUGACCGAAGUUCUGCCUCUGCGAGACAGAGGCUGGGGCGGACGGCGACGUCAGUCUGCGACCAAACUUUCAGCUCCAUGCACGAGCUGGUGGACCACGUCACCACCGAGCAUGUAGCGGCGGGGCUCGAGACCCUCAGUCACGUCUGCAUGUGGGACGAGUGUCUGCGCGGCGGGAAGGCGUUCAAAGCCAAAUACAAACUCAUCAACCACAUCCGCGUGCACACCGGGGAAAAGCCCUUCUCGUGCUCGUUCCCCAACUGCGGCAAGAUGUUCGCCCGCUCCGAGAACCUCAAGAUCCACACGCGCACACACACUGGUGAGAAGCCAUUCCAGUGUGAGUUUUGUGAGCGACGCUUUGCUAACAGCAGCGAUCGGAAGAAGCACUCACAGGUGCACACAGCCUCCAAGCCCUAUGACUGCAAGGCCCUCGGCUGCACCAAGUCCUACACCCACCCCAGCUCCCUGCGCAAGCACAUGAAGGUUCACAUCAAGUCGUCACCUACCUCUGACCUCCAGGACCCUUUUGACUCCACCCCUCAUCAACUCCAGCAACCUCAUCAGGCUCUCCUCGAGCCCCUGAACCUUAAAAUGAAUCGCCACUCUCCAUCACUCGCCAACAACCAUGCAGAAUUUCCACUUCUGACUAAUCAUGGACUGGGUAUCAGCUCAGCCGGUGAAGUGGACCAUAAGCUGCUGCUGCGAAGUUCAUCCCCAAUGGCAAUGCCGCUGGAUCUGUCUCUGUCAGGCUGGAAGAGUCAGCUGACCCAGAAGCAGCAGAGCAGCAGGACGCCGCGGAGGAGCCAACGCUCAGUCAACCCAGCAUUACCUCAGCUGUCUAACAUUAAAGAGUGGUAUGUCUGUACCAGGACUACAGCACCACACUUUCCUCUACUUCACCCAGACCACAUCAAAUCAGAACCUAGCGACGAUGACGAGUACGUCACGUAGGAUGGAGGGACUUAGGAAAAGGAGAUUAAGAACUGACCUCAUGCACCGUCAGACCCACGCUUGGUCAGAUGAUGCUCUGUGGAAUCAUCGUUGCUGUAAUUUUCUAGAACCAGCAGUGGUAUGGUUCAGCAUCAGUGGCCCUUCUUAGGUGGAGAAGGCUUUUAUACUCUGUCUUAGAUACAGAACUCCACUCAGAGAUUGUCACCAUCUGCGGACCAAAAGCAACGGCUAUGAGAUUGUAGGUAUGAGCAACUGGACUUGCUUGAGUUUUGCUGAAGACGUUUCACCUCUGAAAAAGGUGAAAACACUUCAACAUCACUGAAGCGAGUCCGGUUACUUAUAUGGACAGCCUUGAAGACGUACAGUUCUGAUCUGGAUGACUGAGAACCUUCACAGUGGAAGAGGACUUCCAUCACUAAUCAGUGUUAGCUAGCUAACCUGAACUAACAAAGGGGAUGAUUUUGUUGAAAUGGACCAGAGAAUGUUGGUGACUGUUGUGCUUGAUGUUACCUGAAUAUGAAGAGGGUGUGUGUACAUGAUGAUCUCUCUGCAGAAACAGAUUAUUAAUCCGUUCCUCAAACACCUCGUCCCAGAUGAAACAAUGUCAAGGGCUAAAUUGACACUGAUGGAAAGUGUUAAAGUGUUAAAGUGUUAACCUGAGCUCACAGUAUUUUGUACACAUGGUGACACAGCGCUCGUGUGUGUGUGUGUGUGCCUGCUAAGGUCUCAGUAUUCUUUAAGUAAACUUUGCUUUGUUUGAGAAUUUGAGAAAAUGGCAAAUAUUUUUGGAAAGCAGCAGAAUCUGUGGCAAGAGGAUGAGUAAGUUUGUUUGAAGCAGACUGAGGCCUUUUCAAAGCGCUCUCCGAGGUAUAUUUCAGGUUUUUUAAACCAUGGUUAUUGGAGGUACUGACACACAGACCCCAUUCAGAAUCAGCAUUACCAGUGUUAAGUAUGACUGUUCACAUCUGGCAUUAAAGAGGACAUAUUAUACUCACAUAUUAAGGUUUUUAAUUUUACAAAUGUUUCAAUUUACCUUCAGCCAAUGUGGUAAAUGCCUGCUCAGAGCUUUUCUUUUCCCCUCCUGAAAGCCUCUGCUCUGCUGUGAUCGAUCAACUGCUUCCAGCAUCUUUUGGUACUUAACUAGGGAAUUUCAACCUCCAUAGCAUUUGAAGCAAUGUGCAGCCACUCAGUGUUGGGUGUCUUGCUCAGGGGUACCCCAGCCUUUGUAACCUUGCAGGGAUUGGAACUGGCAACCCUCCUGUUAGAAGCCCAGUUCUCUUUCCUCUUGGCCAUGGGCUACCUGUAAGAAUCCCAUGGCCAUUGACCUUAAACCAGGCAUGUCCAAAGUCGCUUUGAAACCAGAGUCUCAGGUUUCGCGACCCAGUCGUGACAGACAGAUACUUGCAUUAACCUCCUAUUUUGUUAUUAUGAUAUCUGACUCCAAAUGUUCAUUUGUUUACACCUGCGUGGCAUAGAUUUGGUAACAUUUAAAAAG